CAAUCAUUAUAGAGCUUUGAUUUGCAUGAUUACCCAAUCGAAAUUAACGUAAUUUCAAAUCAAAUUCUGCCCGUUAUCACAUUAAUCAGCCUAUGCCAGUGCUGCCCGCCAUAUGGCUCUUUCUGCACCACCGCUCGCCGCCGCAUCCUCCAAUCUCCACCACUUCCUUCCGGCGUCCUCCGACCCUCCCUAUAAACUACUCCAAAACCACCCCUGUCUUACUCUCCUCUCCAAAUGCAGAAGCAUAAAGAAUCUCAAACAAAUCCACUCUCAAAUCAUCAAAUUUGGACUCCACAACACCCUGUUUGCACUCAGCAAACUUAUCGAGUUUUGCGCGGUUAGCCCAUCUGGUGACCUCUCUUAUGCUGUAUCGAUCUUCAAUUCGAUUGAGAAUCCUAAUCACAUUAUAUACAACUUGAUGAUUCGAGGAUACUCGUUAAGCUCGUCGCCUAGUUCGGCUCUAAUUUAUUACAUAGAUAUGCUUAUUUUGGGUCUUCAACCAAAUUCUUAUACAUUUCCGUUUGUUUUUAAAUCUUGUGUAAAGCUCAUGGCUUUAAAUAUGGGAAAACAAAUUCAUGCCCAUGUAUUGAAACUUGGACUUGAAUGUGAUGUGUUUGUACAUACUUCACUUAUCAACAUGUACGCUCAGAAUGGGGAUUUAGAUGGUGCACGGAUGGUGUUUGAUAAAGGGGAUUUUAGAGAUGCAGUGUCUUGUACAGCAUUGAUUACUGGAUAUGUCGCUAAGGGCUACAUUGAUAUUGCUCGUAAUCUGUUUGAUACGAUUCCCAUAAGAGAUGUUGUAUCGUGGAAUGCUAUGAUAUCAGGGUAUGCUCAAAUUGGCAAGUUUGACGAGGCUCUGAUCUUAUUUCAAGAAAUGAGGAAAGCAAAAGCUACGCUGGAUGUGAGCACAUUGUUGAGUGUUCUUUCCGUAUGUGCUCACUUGGGCGCUCUUGAAAUAGGAAACUCGGUUAGAUCUUGGAUUGAAGAUCAUGGUCAUGAUUCAAAUCUUCGCGUUGUUAAUGCUUUGAUUGAUAUGUAUGCAAAAUGUGGUGAUCUCGAUAUGGCGUGGACUUUGUUUGAGAAUUUACAAGAAAAAGAUAUUGUCUCGUGGAAUGUUAUGAUUGGUGGUUACACGCACAUGAGCAGUCAUAAAAAGGCGUUGGAAGUUUUUCGUCAAAUGCAGCUUGAAAAUGUAGAGCCCAACGAUGUUACUUUCUUAAAUGUUAUUCCAGCCUGUGCGCAUUUGGGUGCUCUUGAUAUUGGUAAAUGGAUACAUGCUUAUGUCAAUAAGCAUCAUCAGGACUUCACUAAUGCCUCGCUAUGGACGAGUCUCAUGAAUAUGUAUGCGAAAUGUGGAAGCAUUGAAACUGCCAAACAAAUAUUUUACAGCAUGGAAACAAAAAGUUUGGCAUCUUGGAAUGUUAUGAUAUCUGGGUUAGCGAUGCAUGGAGAUGCAUAUAAGGCAAUUGAGCUUUUCUCUGAAAUGUGCAAAGAAGGAUUCCAACCGGACGAGAUCACCUUUGUUAGUGUUUUAUCAGCUUGUUGCCAUGCUGGUUUGGUUGAUCUUGGUCGCCAAUAUUUUAAUUCCAUGAUCCAAGAUUAUAAUUGUGCCCCGAAAUUGCAGCACUAUGGAUGUAUGAUUGAUCUACUAGGCCGAGCAAAACUGUUUGAUGAAGCAGUGACCCUGAUAGAAAGAAUGGACAUCGAGCCAGAUGGUGCUAUAUGGGGUUCUCUGCUCGGGGCUUGUAGAAUCCAUAACAAUCUUGAGAUCGGGGAAUAUGCCGCCAAAAAUCUUUUUAAAUUGGAACCUAAUAACCCUGGAGCUUAUGUACUUUUGUCAAACUUAUAUGCAGGCGCAGGUAGAUGGGAUGACGUAGCAAGAAUAAGAACAUUUUUGAAUGACAAGGGAAUGAAGAAAGUUCCUGGUUGCACCUCCAUUGAGGUCGAUAGUGUUGUCCAUGAGUUUCUUGUCAGCGACCGAUCACAUCCACAGAGUACUGAAAUCUAUAACAUGCUUGAUGAAGUAGAUAGGCUUUUAGAAAUGGCUGGGCAUAUACCCGAUACAUCCGAGGUGCAUUAUGACGUGGAUGAGGAGUGGAAGGAAGGUGUACUAUGUCAACACAGCGAGAAAUUGGCGAUUGCUUUUGGUUUGAUCAAUACAAAACCUGGGACAACCCUACGGAUUGUUAAGAAUCUUCGUGUAUGUGGUAAUUGCCAUACAGCCACAAAGCUAAUAUCAAAGAUCUUCAAUAGGGAGAUUAUUGCUAGAGAUCGCAACCGGUUCCACCAUUUCAAGGAUGGUAAUUGUUCAUGCAUGGACUACUGGUAAAACAUUACAGCUUGAACAGAAGAAAUUUGUGAAUGUCAUUUUGUAAUUCUGUAAUUCUGUAGAUACACAAAUGAAUCAAUUGAAAUCUCUGUUCUUAUAAUUUGAUGACCAAAAGAAGAUUAUUGUCCAA